UAUUUAAAAUCGUUUGUAUCACUUUCACUAGACAACUCGAUCAAAUAUUCUCCCGUUUUUUUGUACUAAAGCAAUUUUUUAUUACUGUUAUUCACAAAACACCCAACUGUGGCUAAUAAAUGGAUCUGCACGCAGUCAUUUUGGUCAAGCAGAACGCAAAAUUUCCGGGUGUUUGUUAACGGGGGAACCCCGUGGUGUUUUUUACCAUGGGUACACGAUAAAGUCAAAAGCAUAUCAAUAUGUCAUCAUCAGAACGUGCUGUUCCUACAGACAAGGCUUCGGUUUAAAAACACAAUGGCUUCGGUUGUACCAGAGUCCUUAAACGGGGGUUCAUCGACGCCGGGUGAGAAUGAAUACCCGUCGGGUUUCCCUCAGAGCAUCUGUGAUGAGCUGCCGAAGCAGAAGUAUCUGUGUAGUAACUGUAAUAAUGUAUUGAAUAAAGCGCGUCAGACGGUGUGCGGUCACCGAUACUGCCUCGCGUGUAUCAACUGGCUGCUCAGAAACAACAAGGACCUUGUGUGCACAAAGUGUAACGAAGAGGACCAGAGCGUUGAAAACGACACUAGUGUUUUGACUACUGACCAGUUUUUCAACGAUGCAGCUAUUAAUAAGGAAAUUUUGGACUUGAAAGUUCACUGUGCUAACCAAGGCUGCCCGUGGAGAAGCACCCUGAGGAACUUUGAGGAUCAUCAGAGUCAGUGUGAAUAUGCCCUGAUUCCUUGUAACAUCGGCUGCGGCAUUAUGGUUCAGAGGAAGGCAUUGGCCACACAUCUGGAGAGAGGUUGCCCUAACAAUAAGACAACAUGUACCUCUUGCUCUGUUGUCCUGACACCUAGAGAGCUCCAGAAGCAUGUAUGCCCCAACUCAGACAAGAAGACAGCGAAAGCAGAAAAAAGACAAAAGAAAGAUCAACCCAGCAACUCCAAAAAGAAAGAGCCAUGUGUUUUCUCAGAAGUUGGUUGUCCUUUCAAGGGAAACGUGGAUAAAGUCAAAGACCACGAGUCGUGCAGUCACGUUGGUCAUCUGCAGCUUCUCUUGGAGGUCACCAGGGGUCUUCAGCGUACAUUAAAUUCCCAAGAGAGAAGCCAUCACGAAAACCUUGACUUUCUUCAGCCUGGACAAAGUGGAGCUUCUCUUAUUUCUCAUGGUGAAGGCGAGGUCGAGACAGAUGGCGGUGACUCUGGUGUCAGCGAUAAGGCUUCCAGCCUCCAUGACGACCAGGCUGAACUUGCCGUGGGGCAGCAACUGGACGCCCUGCAGCAGAGAGUGCAGGUCAUAGAGAACAUCAUCUCAGCUUUAAACCGAGAGGUCGAGAAGACACAAAUCAGUGUGGUUGCGCUGGAGAGAGACAACCUUAACAAUCAACAGAUCAUUCAGCACCUAGAAGCAAAAGUGGCAGAGCAACAGCAGAGGAUGAUCAGAAAAGACAUUCACAUUACAUCCUUACAGCAGUGCAUCAGCGCCCAGCAGGACGUCUCGUAUGAUGGCACCUUUCUCUGGCGUUUGUGUGAUGUCACCAAGAGACUGAGAGAGGCGGCGACUGGACAAAAAAUCAGUCAGUACUCGCCAGCUUUCUACACUGCCAGGUAUGGAUUCAAAGUAUGCAUGCGGCUCUAUCUGAAUGGAGAUGGAGUUGGAAAAGGGACACACAUCUCUCUUUUCUUUGUUAUUAUGAAAGGAGAAUAUGACCCCAUUCUUUCAUGGCCAUUUAGACACAAGGUUACGUUCUUUCUCAUAGAUCAGAACCAGAGGGAGCAUGUCAUCGAUGCUUUCCGCCCAGACCUCUCCUCUGCUUCCUUUCACCGACCCAUCUCUGAGAUGAAUGUGGCCAGCGGCUGCCCCCUGUUCUUCCCACUGGGGAAAUUGAGGUCGCCUAAGCACGCCUACUGCAAGGAUGACACCAUCUAUAUCAAGUGCGUGGUGGAGACAUCCUCCUGAACCUGAUGGCCUGGCUGUUAAGGGGGACUGGAAAUUUAAGGGAGGAUGUUCACCAUCCUCAAAAAGUGUGGACUUGAUAGAUAUUUGAACAGAGUAUGAAAAUGUUUAUUUAUACAGUACAUUUAACUUUGUACAAAUUUAUUGCAUGUAAACUGAAAACUCAAUUGCUUGUCCAAUUAUUGUAAAUUUCACAUUUUUGCGUUACCACAAUUUCUACAAACAAAAAAUGUUACAAAGUAACAACCAUGAAAGAGUAUUCUUGUUGGACAUCCUGUUGCUCUUAUUGGUCUGGCCAAGAUUUUCAUCAGCAUCACAUCUGAUGUUUUCCAUUGCCAUGCACCGGGGGAAAACUCUCCUUGAAUGCCGCACCCAUUCCCUGCAACGAGAUUCCUUGUAUUCGUACAAAUCUUCCGAUUGCUCUUCCAGUUGCGGCAGUUCUCCAUUCUUAAAAAAAAUGUAGUGAUUGUGUUGUGAGCAAACUACAUGCUGUAUAAGCUCCCAAACUUUAUUGGUUGUGAUUACAAUUUUAUUGCUAUGGCAGGUUAUUUGACAAUUUAGGAGAUAUUACAAACAUCCCAUGUCAGAUAUUUGUGGAAUAUACAUGCAUGUGGCAGAUAUUGAUAAUUGAAUGUGAUGGCUUACAUGAUGAAAAAUAUUUGAGAAGUUGUAAAGAGUUUUACUGAGAAUUAACUCAUCAGUUUUGAUCAACAAGCCAUAUGCAUUUAGUUAUUGUGCAAACUGUAAAGUAUUGUAUUUAUUCUUUGCACACGUGUCAAAACACUUGCAUUUCCUUAAAUCAAUAAGAAAUCCCAAUAUGAUGUGAACAAGAAACUAAUUGUACAAAGAUCUGAACUUAUUGUUUUGAAAAAAAAAUCUCAUUUGAGAAUUAAGCCAAAGCAAUUGAAAAAAAAAUACUGUAAAUGAAAAGUUUAAACUGUUUGAUGCAUUGUUUAAUUCAGAUGAGAGCUCUCUUAAGCUGUUUUUUGUACAUCGAGUAAAAUCGAAUUUGCAAUGCUUUUGUUUCUUUGGGAGUAUAAAUAAAAUAUGUUUUGAUA